AUGAUUAUGUUUAAUGAAUUCUUUGAUUUAGUGAAGUAUAACAAUUACUCUGUUUCGUCUAUCUAUAGUUGUAUACAUACAACCACUAAACUCUUUUUAUAUUCAUUAUACUACUACACAAUAUGGCACAAACCAACCAAUUCACAAAGUCCCAACGACAAUAAUUUAAAAAGACAUUUCCAAUGUUUCUUGGAAUGGUUGUAUAAUUCACCACACAUUCCGAUGACCACAAACUCAUCAAAGAGUGAACUUUAUAAAACAGUUUAUUUUAUUGUUUUAAUGUGUCGUGGUUGUCAUCUAAAAUGUGGAAGUUGCGAUCGCUGGAAUUACUUCUUCUUCUGGAACAAGGUGCCUCUUAGAUUAUAUUGUUAUAUUUAG